CCUCCUCCUCACCCAGGCCCACCUUUCCGUCCUUAACCCCCCUCCCCCCCUCAACCAGACCCACACACACCCCGUCCCGUCCCCCCAGCGUCGGGGGGGGGAGAGACGGACCAUGUCCGGCGGGCCGUCCGAGGGGGGCCGCGCCGACGAGCUGGAGAGGAGCGGCGCCCGGCAGGACUCUCCCGUCGUCGAGCGACGCAACCGCAGCGGCAUCAUCAGCCAGCCGCUCAACAAGAGCCUGAAGCACUCCCGCACCCUGCUGCAGUACACCGCCGCCGCCCCCCCCGCCGCCGCCGCGCCCCACGGCCACGGCCACGGCCACCACGGCAACCACCACCACCACCACCACACCCACCACCACCACAAAGGACACGCCCACAAUGGCGAGAGCAACAAGAGGGACCCCUCGACCAAGCCCCCGCCCCCGGCCCCGCCCGCGCCCACCGUGGCGGCGCUGGCCGCGGCCAAGCUGGACCGGACCUUGGAGCAGGUCCUGGAAGGACAGAACGGCCUGCUGCACUUCGCCCAGGCCGCCGCGCUGCUGAAGCGGGCGGGCAUGGAGCACAUGCUGCUGCCCGGCGGGGGCAUGGGCGUGGGCGACGCGGGCUCGGGGGCCAGCGACCUGGAGGGCACGUCUGUCGCGGACGCCGUGGGGGGCCCGCUGGACUUCCCGUACGGAGUAGGGGGCGGCUUCCCCUUCAACCCGGGACUCUUCAUCAUGACGCCGGCGGGGGUUUUCCUGGCGGACAGCGCCUUGCACAUGGCCGGGCUGGCGGAGUACCCGGCGCAGAGCGAGCUGGCGUCCGCCAUCAACUCCGGCAAGAAGAAGCGGAAACGCUGCGGCAUGUGCGAGCCCUGCCGGCGGAGGAUUAACUGCGAGCAGUGCAGCAGCUGCCGGAACCGCAAGACGGGGCACCAGAUCUGCAAGUUCCGCAAGUGUGACGAGCUGAAGAAGAAGCCGUCGGGCGCGCUGGAGAAGGUGAUGCUUCCAACCGGCGCAGCGUUCCGAUGGUUCCAGUAGGCCCCGCCCCUCUGGCCCUGCCCCCUUUUCCAAAGCUCCGCCCACAAGUGCAAUGCCAGCCCUCCGAUUGGCUCCAGCAACACACACUGGCUCCUACACGUCAAAGACACAACACAAUACAAACAACACAAAAAUAGAUUCUCAAGAAAAACAAAACAGAAGCAGAAAUAAGAAGUAAGAAACCGGGGGAAACAGGAUGCACCUACUUAUUCCUUGAACCAAAAAUGAAACGUAAAGAAAAGCAUCUCUGGCAACUUUCAUUCCCUUUUCUAUGUUUCCAUUUUGGUACCGUUCGUCUGUUCUUUCCAGAGAUUUUUUUCUGUCGGAACUGUUCAUCGCCAAAACAGAAAUGACGGACUGAGUGUGGACAAUCAACUAAUUUCUGUGUUUGGUGUUAAUGUCGUUCACGUGUGGAAAGAUACCGUACUUGUGUAGAGAAUGUAAAUUUACAGUUAUAUUUUAAAGCUAGUCGCUAAUGGCAAACAAAAUAUUGUAAUUCUUCAGCAUUUUUGUUACCUUAAAAUCCCUCUCUUUUAUUAUUAAUUUUAGUUUCAGGCAAUGGUUUUGAAGAUCUGUCGUGGUCUUUGAAUACAAACAAACAAACCAGGAUGAAAAUUCAAACUGUAUAUCCAGAAUUUUCCGGAUUUGCAAGUGUUAAACGUCACGGUUUUUCAGUCACUUCUUUUUUCUUUUUCACUCGGACGAAGAGACGAUCCACCUGCUCUUCACUGUAAUAUCUCCCCCCCCCCCCCUCACCCUCCUCAUCCUCGCCCCCAUUCCUUCCGUGGGUCUGUGAAACUGGCGGCCUUAUGUUACUGCGGCCCUACUGAGCAUGUGCCAACGCGGCUCAGGGCGAUGGCACUGAGAGACAGCACUUGCGCCGAGUCUACCCUACUGAACGCACUGAAUCAAAAAAUAAUUUGUAUGUUUUUGUUUCAUUGUUUAAUUUUUCGUUUUUGUUUUUUUUAUUGUGCUCCUACUUUUUUUUGGGUUAUGUUGCUGGGUAGUUUCAGCUUUUUUUUUUGGAGAAGAAAAUAACCAAUCUUUGUAUCAUUUAGAAAAAAAAAUUGGACUGGUUUUGUGAAUAAAAAGGAAUGCAUGUAUUUGUGUCAAAAUUGA